AUGCCGUGUUUAGACCCAAAAGUGGUCGUCCACCAUUUGGUUGUUAAAAAGGGAGUUCGACCUGUGAAGCAAGCACAACGGCGAUUUAGACCCGAUUUGAUUCCGUUGAUCGAAAUUGAAGUCAAUAAACUCAUUGAAGCCGGAUUUAUUCGUGAAGUUAAAUAUUCCACAUGGAUUUCGAGUAUCGUGCUUGUGCGAAAGAAAAAUGGACAAAUCCGCAUUUACGCCGAUUUCAGGGAUGUUAACAAUGCUUGUCCCAAAGAUGACUUUCCUUUACCGAUCACUGAGCUCAUGAUUGAUGCAACUACUGGGCAUGAAGUUCUGUCAUUUAUAGAUGGCUCUUCUGCAUAUAAUCAAAUUCGAUUGACACCUGAGGAUGAGGAGUUCACUGCAGUUCGUACUCCUAAGGGUAUUUAUUGUUAUAAAGUGAUGCCCUUUGGUCUCAAAAAUGCUGGAGCCACAUAUCAAAGAGCAAUGCAAAGUAUCUUUGACGACAUGUUUCAUAAGAAUAUCGAGUGUUAUGUGGAUGAUUUAGUUGUGAAAUCAAAGAAAAGAAGUAAUCACUUGGAGGAUUUGAGACAAGUUUUCGAUCGGUUGAGAAGAUAUCAACUCAAAAUGAACCCUCUCAAGUGUGCAUUUGGAGUCACGUCGGAGAAAUUUCUUGGUUUUGUGGUUCGCCAUCGAGGCAUUGAAAUUGAUCAUGCCAAAAUUGAUGCUACAUUGAGGAUGUCUGAACCUCGUGACAUUCAUGAAUUGAAAAGUCUUCAAGGGCGAUUAGCUUAUCUGAGGAGAUUUAUCUCAAAUUUAGCAGGAAGGUGUCAACCAUUUAGUCGCUUGAUGAAGAAAGAUGUGACAUUUCAAUGGGAUGAGGCAUGUAGUAAUGCAUUCAAUAGUAUUAAGUCUUAUCUUAUGAAAAUACCUGUGUUGGCUGCACCUAUUCAUGGAAAGCCAUUACUCCUUUAUAUUGCCGCCCAAGAACGGUCGGUGGGGGCAUUGCUCGCUCAAGAAAAUAAUGAAGGAAAAGAGGUUGCCCUUUAUUAUUUAAGCAGAAUGAUGACCCCCAAUGAACUAAACUAUUCGCCAAUUGAAAAGUUGUGUUUAGCUCUUAUUUUUGCAAUACAGAAGUUAAAACACUACUUUCAAGCGCAUAGUGUGAGGCUCAUUUUCAGGGCGAAUCCUAUAAAAUAUGUGAUGAGCAGGCCAGUGCUGUCUGACCCUGUGAAAGGACAAGUUCUGGCAGAUUUUCUUGUUGAUCACCCGAUACCUGAUGAAUGGGAACUAAGUGAUGACCUACCAGAUGAGAAUGUACUCCUUAUUGAGAUUCGUCCACCAUGGAAGAUGUAUUUUGAUGGGGCGGCUCAUCGUCAUGGAGUUGGAGCAGGGAUUGUAUUCGUGACUCCUGAUGGAGGGAUAUUGCUAUACUCUUUUAUCCUAAAUCAACAUUGUUCAAAUAAUGUCGCUGAGUACCAAGCUCUCAUACUCGGACUUGAAAUAGCUGUUGACAUGGAUCAGUUGGAACUUCAAAUCUAUGGUGACUCUCAAUUGGUGGUUAACCAACUCUUGGGAAGUUAUGAAGUUAAAAAGUUCGAAUUAAUUCUGUAUCACAAAUAUGCAACGCGACUUAUGAAGCGGCUUGGAGGUGCAAGUAUUACACAUGUUCCUAGAAGGGAAAAUAAGCAAGUUGAUGCAUUAGCUGUGCUAGCCUCUUCACUUGCCAUGCCGGAUCAUGAGAUACAAGUUCGUGUAUGCCAAAAGUGGGUAGUUCUAUCACUAAUUGAUGAUGAAAAUAUUGAAGGAGGCGACGCUCAUGUGGUUUCAACCUAUGAAAUUGACAAAGAAAAUUGGAGACAACCCCUCGUUGAUUAUCUCAAGUAUCAAAAAUUACCUGAGGAGCAACGUAGAAGAACUGACAUCCGUCGUCGAGCCCCUCGUUUUAUCUUGUACAAGGACACGCUGUACCGAAGAUCAUUUGAAAAUGUACUGUUGCGCUAUCUGAGCGAAGACGAGGCAUAUCGGGCGAUGCACGAGGCACAUUCUGGAAUAUGCGGAGCUCACCAAUCCGGUCCCAAGUUGCAUUUUCGGAUUAAAAGGAUGGCCAUACCGCUCAAGCAAGUUAGAAAGGAAGAUGUGGUGAAUUUUAUUCGUGUGAAUAUUAUUUACCGUUAUGGAGUUCCCCGAUACAUUAUCAUUGAUAAUGGAAAAUCCUUCUCCAAUGGCUUGAUGGAUAAGUUAUGUGAGAAAUUUAAUCUCAAGCAACGCAAGUCCUCCAUGUAUAAUGCUCCCGCCAAUGGUCUCGCAGAGGCAUUCAACAAAACUUUAUGUAACUUGUUGAAGAAAGUGGCGGCAAAAUCAAAGAAGAAUUGGCACGAAAGGAUAGGCGAAACUCUUUGGGCCUAUCGCACCGCAUACCGAACUCCGACGCAAGCCAUGCCAUAUGCCUUAGUCUAUGGUGUAGAAGCUGUUCUGCCCCUUGAGCAACAAAUUUCUUCUUUGAGAAUUGCUAUCCAAGAAGGGCUCACAGAGGAAGAAAAUGUUCGCCUGCACCUUGAAGAAUUGGAAGAUUUGGAUGAAAAGAAAUUGGAGGCCCAACAAAAUCUCGAAUGCUAUCAAACCCGUCUCUCUAGAGCUUUUAAUAAGAAAGUUCGGCGUCGCUCCUUUCAAGUCGGGGACAUGGUACUCGCCGUUCGAAAGCCAAUAGUUAUGACUCAUCGCACUAAAGACAAAUUCGUCUCUAAAUGGAAUGGACCAUAUGUUGUUCGAGAAGUCUACACGAAUGGUGCGUACAAAUUGGUGGACAAAGAUGACGUGAAAGUUGGUCCUAUAAAUGGAAAAUUCAUGAAGUUAUACAUGCCAUAA